UGCGCCGCCGGGCGGGGCGCGGGCUCCGGGCCGCGGGCGGGGCGCGGGGGCCACGUGGCCGCUCAGGAAUGCGCUGGCGCGGGGGCGGGGCGCGGACGGAGAACGGGCAGGCACCUCAGCCAAUAGGCUCCUGGCGCCGCCCGGGCCGGCCAAUCAGGACGCGGGGGCGGGGCUGCCUCCCCGUGGGCGGGGCCGGAGCGCAUCCCGGGCGGCGGGCGGAGGGGCGCCGGAGGGACGGCGGGUCCGGCGGGGCUGCCCAGGGCCAGGCCGGGCUCCGGAGCCGCACAGCAUGGACCCCCCGGAGCCGGAGCGGGAGCCGGAGCCGCCUGCCCCGGCUGCCACUGCGGAAGGAAACGAAGUGGAACACGACACGAACAAUAACGAGGAGGAGGAGGAGGAGGAGGGAGAGCAGUUCGACUUUGACAGCGGAGAUGAGGCUCCGGAAGCGGACAGAGGGGCCCCGGGCGCCCCCGAGGCCGGGCCCGUGGCAGCCGCCGCCCCCACCAGCUCCGGCGGGGAAGGCGGGACGGGCACCGACGUGGCCGCCCCUGUGGAGCCAGCGAAGCCUGGGGCCCCAGCGAGAGUGAACCCCUACUCCGUCAUCGACAUCACGCCCUUCCAGGAAGAGCAGCCUGCGCCCCCGGAGCCCGAGGCCGAGGAGGAGGGCGUGAGCCUGCCCGUGCCCAGCGGGUACUCCGUGCCUGUGCCCUGCGGCUACGCCGUGCCCUCCAGCCUGCCCGCGCUCCUGCCCGCCUACUCCAGCCCCGUCAUCGUGCGCCCCGCGUCCCCGGACGAGGAAGAGGCCCCCGAGGUGGCGGUGGACGGCCAGUGCAACUCCCUGAGCUCCGAGGAGCCAGCGAACAGCGAGGACCCGGCCCAGGCUGAGGACAGCGCCCUGGCCCGCUGGGCGGCCGACCCCGCCAACACCGCCUGGAUGGACAACGCUGAGGAAGCCGUUUACGACGACGUGCCCAGGGAGGAGUCGGACUCCGAGCCAGAUGAGCUGAUCUACGACGCCGUGGAGAACGGAGACGAGGGUGGAAACAGCUCGCUGGAGUACGGGUGGAGCUCCAGUGAGUUCGAGAGUUACGGGGAGCAGAGCGACUCCGAGGGCAGGAACGGGGUCCCCCGGUCCUUCCUGCGCAGCAGCCACCGGAAGCAGCUGUCCCACGACCUGGCCCGGGUGAAGGCGCGCUAUGAGAGAAAGAUGAGAGAGCUGGUGGCCAGCACAGUGGGCGCGGGGGAGAUGCAGCAGCUAAAGCAGAAGCAGGAGCUGAAGGUGCAGAAGCUGAUGAAGGCGGCCAAGGAGGGCACGCGGGACGGGCUGGAGAGGACCAAGGCCGCCGUGAAGAAGGGCCGCUCCUUCAUCAGGACCAAGUCCUUCAUCUCCCCAGACCCCCGGCCGGGCCUCGAGGAGGAGCAGAGCGUGUUCAUCGACGUGGACUGCCGGCACCCCGAGGCCGUGCUCACCCCGAUGCCCGCGGGGCUGUCCCAGCAGCAGGUGGUCCGGAGGUGCAUCCUGGGCUCCAUUGUGGACAGCGAGAAGAACUACGUGGACGCCCUCACUCGGAUCCUGGAGCAGUACGAGCGGCCGCUGGCGGAGACGGAGCCGCGGGUGCUGAGUGAGCGGAAGCUGCGGGUGGUGUUCCACCGGCUGCGGGAGGUGCUGCAGUGCCACCGCCUGUUCCAGAUGGCGCUGGCCAGCCGCGUGGCCGAGUGGGACGUGGUGGAGAUGAUCGGCGAUGUCUUCGUGGCCUCGUUCUCCAAGUCCAUGGUGCUGGACGCCUACAGCGAGUACGUGAACAACUUCAGCGCGGCCGUGGCCGUGCUCAAGAAGGCCUGCGCCACAAAGCCCGCCUUCCUGGAGUUCCUCAAGCAGAGCCAGGAGUCCAGCCCGGACCGCGUCUCGCUCUACAGCCUGAUGACCAGGCCCAUCCAGAGGUUCCCGCAGUUCAUCCUGCUGCUCCAGGACAUGCUGCGGAACACGCCCCGCGGGCACCCUGACCGGCUGCCCCUCCAGAUGGCGCUGACGGAGCUGGAGACGCUGGCGGAGAAACUGAGCGAGAGGAAGCGCGAGGCGGACCGGCGCUGUGAGAUGAGGCAGAUCGCCAAGGCGGUGAAUGAGCGCUACCUGAACAAGCUUCUCAGCAGCGGGAGCCGGCACCUCAUCCGCUCGGACGACGUGAUCGAGACCGUGUACAACGAGCGCGGGGAGGUGCUCAAGACCAAGGAGCGGCGGCUGCUCAUGCUCACCGACGUGCUCAUGUGCGUCACCGUCAGCGCCCGGCCGGGCCAGGAUGGCCACGCGCUGCUGCCGGCCGGCCAGCGGCACCUGCUGAAGUGGAGCGUGCCGCUGGGCCACGUGACGGUCGUGGAGUACGGCCACCCCGAGGGCGCCGCCGAGCACCCGCCCGAGAGCCUGGCCGUGGUGGCCAACGCCAAGCCACACAGAGUCCAUGCGGGGCCCGGGCAGCUGUACCAGGACCUGCAGAACCUGCUGCACGACCUCAACGUGGUGGGGCAGAUCGCCCAGCUCGUCGGGGACCUGCGGGGGCACUACCAGAACCUGAACCAGGCCGUGGCCCACGACUGGGCGUCGGGGCUGCAGAGGCUGGUCCUGCGGAAGGAGGAGGAGAUCCGCGCGGCCGACUGCUGCCGGCUGCAGCUGCAGCUCCCGGGCAAGCAGGACAGGUCCGGGCGGCCCACGUUCUUCACGGCCGUGUUCAGCACCUUCUCGCCCGCCUGCAAGGAGUCCUGGCUCAGCAGCCUGCAGAUGGCCAAGCUCGCACUGGAGGAGGACAACCACCUGGGCUGGUUCUGUGUGGAGGACGAUGGCAACCAGGUCCCGAAGGACCGGCACCCGCUGCUCCUGGCGCACAUGCCGGUGCCCGUGGCCAAGCAGCAGGAGCCCAAGAUGGAGUGUGCCGUCUACACCCCCGAGCCCCAUCCUGGCCGCGCGGGCCGGCCGGACCCCCCCAGGGCAGCCCGGGGCUUCCUGUGGAUCGGCAGCUGUGCGGGCCAGAUGGGCCAGGUCGCCAUCGUCUCCCUCCACAACACUACGCCCAAGGUCAUCGAGUGCUUCAACGUGGAGUCCCGCAUCCUGUGCAUGGUGCACCUGCCCGCCGGGCGCGGCCCCCCGCCCGGCCCCGCCCCCGAGCCCGGGUCCACGGCCAGGACCGCUGCGGGCGCCUCGCCGGGCGUGCCCACCGUCUGCCUGGGCACCGAGGAAGGGAGCAUCUCCGUCUACAAGAGUAGCCCGCGCGCCAAGAAGGUGCGGCUGCAGCAGUUCUCGGCGCCCGACAAGGCCGCGGUGCUGAGCCUGGCCUGCUCGCCGCACAGCCUGUACGCCGGCCUGGUGGACGGGGCCGUGGCCGUCUACGCCAAGGCUCAAGACGGGUCCUGGGACCCGGAGCCCCGGAAGGUGAUCAAGCUGGGCGUGCUGCCCGUGCGGAGCCUGCUGGCGGCAGAGGACACGCUGUGGGCGGCCUCGGGGGGCCAGGUGUCCGUCAUCGGCGUGGAGACGCUCGCCGUGGAGAGCCAGCUGGAGGCGCACCAGGAGGAGGGCAUGGUGGUCUCGCACAUGGCCAUCGCCGGCGUGGGCAUCUGGAUCGCCUUCACCGCCGGGUCCACACUGCGCCUCUUCCACACGGAAACCCUCAAGCACCUGCAGGACAUCAACAUCGCCACGCCGGUGCACCACCUGCUGCCAGGGCACCAGCGGCUCUCGGUGACCAGCCUGCUCGUCGGCCACGGCCUGCUGAUGGUGGGCACCAGCCUGGGGCUCGUGGUGGCGCUGCCCGUCCCCCGCCUGCAGGGCAUCCCCAAAGUGACAGGCCGCGGCAUGGUCUCCUACCACGCUCACCACGGCCCCGUCAAGUUCCUGGUCAUGGCCACCGCCGCGCCCAGCGCCGACGGGGACACGGCGGGGGACAGCCCGCCGCCCGGCCCGGAGCCCCCCGAGGGGGGCGCCGUGUGGCUGGGGGGCUCGCCGGGCUCCGGGCCGCUCGGGAGCGCGUCUGCGGGGCCGGCGGGGUCCCCGGAGCCCGGGCCCGAGGACAGCCGCCUGCAGGCCCCGCCCGGCGGCGGGCGCCGCGCCCCCAGGCCCGGGGUCAGCUCGGCGCUGGUGGCCUGCGGGGGCCAGGGGCACCGGCGGGUGGGCCGGCGGCCCCGGCAGCAGCCGCCCGAGGAGCCGGCCUCCUCCCUCAUGGUCUGGCAGAUCCCCCUGCUGCUCGCCUGACGCAGGACGGACACGGCUGCACCGACGGGACAGCUCACACAGCUUCGGGAGAAACGUGCAAUACCGUGGGGAGGGGGCGCCCGGCCUUCUUCCUGCCGAGAGCCGGACCGGCGAGCGAGCGGGCAGGAGACGAGGCUCGGGGGGCUCCCCACGCUCCACCGCCCCCACCCCGGCCAGCGCCUCCCUCCCUCCCUCCCUCCCUCCCUCCGCCCUUCCCACCCACCGCUUGGGGCCUUGCGGGCUGAGCUCCUGGACUCGCAGCCCUCGCCACGCCUUCGGUCAGCGUCAGCGUCCCUGCUUAUUUAUGUCUGUGUCUUCCUUCCGGGGCGGAGCCUGUGAUGGUGACGGAAGCCGGGGCGGGGGUGUCACUGGCUUUCCGACGUGAACGGGUGUCCCUGAGGGGUGUCCUGUGCCCGCUGUAUGUGUUAACAAAGUAGUAUUUUUAUAUUGCAUUUUUCUAUUAAAGUUAACGGCUAAUUCUCA